AUGAUUAUGGGUGAAACUACCGCCAACCUCAAAAACCACCAACUACCGGAUCGAUUGAGUACACCAGUACUUACGCGACGAAAAUUUAGCUUCCCCGCAAGCCUGCAUUCAGGAGUUCUAGGAGAUCAUCUUUCUUCUGGCUCUUUACAGCCUACCAGCACUACAUCAGCAGCUCGACGUAGACUGAGCAACGUUAGCGAUGUAGUCACUAGAAAGCUGUCCAGUACAAUUGGAUGGAAGCAGCCCAUCGUUCCCUCCCAAGACAUCAUUACUCAGGGAAAGUGCCUUUGCGGUCAAUAUCUCCGAUGUAGACUGAAAAAAUCGGGUGUGUUCAACAGGAAACUGGGACUACAACGCAUCAGGAGUAUUAUUGGAACACCUUCCAUACAUAUAGUUCGCGAAGUUUUUCCUGUGUUGUUAAGUGUGAGCGAUGAAUUAGAACGAAUGUAUCCCCGGGUAUACAACGGUGUAGCGCGGCAGCUAACCCGAAUUGGUCGCGGCGAACUUAAGACCCCCGAAACGGCUCCAGUACUGCUAAGUGCAAUAGCAAGGGAUUUGUUCAAAAACGAAAUCACCUGGGGCAAAGUAGUCUCACUUUUUGCAAUAGCCGGAGGUCUUUCAGUAGAUUGCGUACGCCAAGGACAUCCAGAUUUCCUACCAAAGCUGAUCGAAGGCGUGGCAGAUGUGAUUGAGGACGAACUUGUCAUUUGGAUCUCCGAGAAUGGAGGUUGGGUGAGAAUUGUAGUUGCUAUUAAUAUAGCUAAUUAA